AUGGGCAGAAGCGGGGCUAAAUUGGCGCCAAAACAUGCCGGUAAAAGUAGCAAAUCGUCCGUAUCUUCCUCAAAACCAAAGCCUACUUCAUCCAAACUUCCCACGAUAACUCCAUCAACCUCAAGCAAAGCGUUACCUCCUUACAAUUCUGGAAAGAAUAAAUCGUCUACAUCCUUUGGUGUAAUAUGGCUACCAAUUAGGAAACGAAGCAAACACAAAGAUUAUGUGUACAACGCCUAUAAACCAAAUGACCUAAAUAAAGAACGUGCGCCAUCUAUGUACAAUAUGAUGUCUGGUGACUCUUCAAAUAAUCACACCCUUCCAAAGAUGGACGAGGAGUCCGUCAAGGAUAAAGGACCGGUCGUUUUGGGUGGUGUAACAACGGCGGCCGCUUUGGAUCGAGAACUAUCUGAGACAGAUGACACUUUGGAAAACCCUUUCACAGAGGACAAAGAAGCAGCUGGUGACGCAGAAAGCACUCACGGCAGUGAUCUCUUGAAUGAGGAAAAGUCGAAGGAAAGUGUCAAUGAUAAUGUGGAUAGUGUAUUCUUAAGGCCACCUCCAGCAGGUAAAGUCCGAUCAACACCGUCUACGCAAGAAGAAGACAGUUGUGGUAUAAAAUGUUUGUUCUACACAUUGCAGUGUUGUGAUUGCGUACUUAUGUGA